AUGGAAUCAAAGAGUUCCAGCGACAACCCGACAAAUGUGUCCCAGGAAAAGGGCACCACCGUCACUGAGCACCCUGGCGAUGUCCAGACCGGUGGUGGCUUCGCUUUCCAGGAGGAAAGCAAGUGGACCCGAAAUGGUCUCACUCUCGAGUCCUUCCAGCGCCGCAAGUACACUGGUGACAAUGAGCUUGAUCGUCGUAUGAAGCCUCGCCAUCUUCAGAUGAUUGCCAUUGGUGGUUCUAUUGGUGCUGGUUUCUUCGUCGGUUCAGGAAAGGCCCUUUACACUGGCGGUCCUGGAUCUGUUCUCAUCGACUUCAUCAUUAUUGGUGCUAUGAUCUUCAACGUUGUCUUCGCUCUCGGUGAACUUGCCGUCAUGUAUCCCGUGUCCGGUGGUUUCUAUAUCUACUCAUCUCGCUUUAUCGAUCCUUCUUGGGGUUUCGCCAUGGGUUGGAACUAUGUCGCACAAUGGGCUACCGUCUUACCACUCGAACUGACAAUCUGUGCUGUCUGUAUUCAAUAUUGGAAUGACGAGCUCUCGCCUGGAAUCUUCAUUGCAAUCUUCCUUGUUGCUAUCAUUCUCAUCAAUAUCUUUGGUGGUAUUGGCUACGCCGAGGAAGAGUUCUGGUCAUCUUGUCUCAAGCUCGGAGCUACCGUUGCUUUUAUGAUCAUCUCUCUUGUCCUCGUUUGUGGUGGCGGUCCUUCCAACGGUCGAUACAACGAGUACUGGGGCACACGUUACUGGAGAGAGGACCCGGGUGCUUUCAAGAACGGUUUCAAGGGAUUCUGCUCUGUCUUCGUCACUGCUGCUUUCUCCUUUGCUGGUACUGAGCUGGUUGGUCUCGCCGCUGCCGAGUCUGAGAACCCCACCAAAGCUCUCCCUGGUGCCAUCAAGCAGGUUUUCUGGCGUAUUACCCUCUUCUUCGUUCUUGGUCUCUUCUUCAUCGGCCUUCUUAUCAAGUCCACUGAUGACCGACUCAACAUUUCCGGUUACUCCAACGCCAAGGCCUCGCCUUUCGUGCUUGUCGGCGAGUACUCCGGCCUUACUGGCCUCGCCCACUUCAUGAACGUCAUUAUCCUUGUCUCUGUUCUUUCUCUUGGUGUGUCUUGCGUUUACGGUGGUUCCCGUACCUUGACUGCCAUGGCUCAAAACGGAUAUGCUCCUAAGGUGUUCGCCUACAUUGACCGUGGUGGUCGCCCCCUUGUUUCUGUCGCUGUCCACAUUCUCAUGGGUUUCAUCGCUUUCGUCAACCUUGAUCCCAAGGGUGGAGAGAUCUUUGACUGGCUCCUGGCUCUUUCUGGUCUCUCGACCCUCUUCACCUGGGGCUCUAUCUGCCUUGCUCACAUUCGCUUCCGUAAGGCUUGGGCCCGACAGGGUCACACUCUGGAUGAAAUUCCCUUCAGGGCCGCCUUUGGUGUCGCCGGUUCGUGGGUCAGUCUUUGCCUCAUCGUUCUCGUCCUUAUUGCUCAGUUCUAUGUUGCUAUUGUUGCUCCUCCUGGUGAAUCUGGAAUGGGAACCGUCGAGGGAUUCUUCAUCUCGUACCUCGCCUUCCCUGUUGUCCUUGUCUUCUGGGCUAUUGGCUACUUCUGGAAGCGUGAGGGUUGGCUCUCAAUCGACAAGAUUGAUGUUGACACUGGUCGACGUGAGCACAACUGGGACGAGAUCAACGCUUACCGUGCCAAGGUUGCCACUUGGCCCGCUUGGCGACGCUUCCUCAACAAGAUCAUGUAA